UCGAGGCGGUGUGAUCCGGUGAAAGUGUCCUGUGAUAGUGGCAGUUGGAAUUUAAGAUAUAUGGAAUUUGGAUUGUGUUUGAUGUGAAAAAAAUGUGAGGAAAUUUAAACAUUUUCACGGAAAAACGGGAAUAAAGUUCUCAAUUGUGUCACGUUGAUGUAAAUCUGGAUUAAGUGGAUUUAAACAACGCAGCAUGAAUACCUUGGCGCAGAACAUCAGCCCAAUUCAUUCCAAUCUGGUGCGAUUGCAGGAAGGCACGACCGCAUCAUCCUUAGUCCUAGACUCACCGAGUUCAUCGAAAUCAUCCCCCACGACUGUUGUGCUGGCAGCCAGCGGGGGUGACAAUCGAACAAACGGCAGCACGCUGAUAGUCGGUGGCAGCAACAGCAGCGCCGACGAGACCCAAGCAAAUGACUUUCUCUCCACCUCACUGUCGUCGCCAGCGUCGGCGGCCUAUCUCCUGCAGCAUCACCACCACCACAUCCACCAUCAUCAUCCUCAUCAUGGCCAGCAACAGCAGCAGCUAAUACAACAGCAUCAGCAGCAACAACAGUUACAGCAGCAGGACCUUGUCCACAGUCAUCUCAGUAGUAAUGGCCAUCACCAGCAUCAUCAUGGGAACGGAAAUACCAGCGGCAACGCUACAGCUGGUCCAACCAACAGCAGUAAACGAAGCAUAGCUUCACCGCCCCCGUCGGUAUCCGGAACAAGCAUCACCACGUCGUCCUCGACCUCGUCCUCGACGUCGGCGUCGGUCACUACACUGUCCCAUGUGAACCCUUUUCACCACAGCGCUUCCUCGGCCCUGCACAAUGAUUACUACUCCGAGUAUCGGCUGGGGACCGAAUAUCGACUGAAUUCGCACCACCAUCAUCCGCAUCCGCGGGACCUAUGGACGGCAGCAGCGGCCGUGGCGAGCCAUGACGGCAUUCUGGAGGAGACCUGCGAUAGUUACGGCUUGAGGCAUUCGGGUAAAACCCUCAGAAACGAACGCUCGGCAUUCUUCGAUUUCGCGACAACCCCUUCGACGCACCCGGCAGCGGCCGCCGCCUACUGCUAUCGCCUGUCAACGCCACCCCAGCUGGUGAAACGCGAACCAAGCGACGUAACAGCAUGGCACACUUACUCGGAACGGAUGUUCACCGACCCACUGUACACCACUCUGAAACUUCAAAGCCAGCAGUCUUCCUCACCUCAACUAUCGCAGCACUCAAUCUUCCCCGAUUCUACAUCACAUCUUGCUUCGGCUCUAGAGCAUACGCCUUGUCUUACUACUGCUCAUCCAAAUGACGCCGCUGAGAGCUUCCUACACCAGGGUUACACCUACCGUCAGCCGUCCGACAUUGUUACCUCAUCAGAACCGGAUUACUGCUCCACGGCCGGUGGAUCUUCAGCACUCGCGAGUAUAACCACAACUAAUCCAUCACCCCUGAACGCUCUUCCUGGUCCCAAUGGGCCACUCCAUCAACGAAGAGGAUCUCUCCAACUGUGGCAAUUUCUUGUUGCCCUUCUCGAUGAACCUGCUUCUAGUGCCGGAUGUAUUGCAUGGACUGGCAGAGGAAUGGAAUUCAAAUUGGUAGAACCGGAAGAAGUUGCCCGGCGAUGGGGUAUUCAGAAGAAUCGACCCGCCAUGAAUUACGACAAGCUGUCCCGAAGUCUACGUUACUACUACGAAAAGGGAAUCAUGCAAAAGGUUGCCGGAGAGCGGUACGUGUACAAAUUUGUGUGUGAUCCUGAAGCGUUGUUCAAUAUGGCGUACGGGACCACUAGCAGUGCUAGUGGAGCAGGCUGUGGAUCAACUCUGGAAGCUGGUCUUCAUUCUCAGCACCAUCACCACCAUCAGCAACAGCACCAACAGGGUGGUUCCUCCUCGCCACGAUGCCAAGCUGGACAGUCUGCGCUUGGUGAUGGAGGGGAUGACACGGAUCGAAGCUCAUACUUUACAACAGGCUCAUCUGCAUAUAACCACGGAAAUUGAAAAGUGAUGCAGGGAAUAGUUA